AUGAAGACACUCAUUCUAUUUUACACAACCUUAAUAAUUACAACUUUACAAUCCACGGUCUCUACCGCCCCUACAUCCACAAAAGAAAAACGAUGGCUCCACCCCGGUGCCAAACGCCCCGUAGUCGCCCACUCCACAGACGACGACCCAUUUCACGACUACAUCGCCAUCCUCUCCGACGACGAAACCCGACCGUGGGCUGAAAUAUUCGAUGAAAUGGGAUUCAGCACCAAGGGGAGCAAAAAGAUGACACAUUCACUAGGAGUCAGCGGUAGCGGAAGGCCAAGUUAUAACAUGACAAGUUACGAUGUCAAUGGGAUUAAGACCUUUGGAAAGAAUUUAAGGGCGUUUACGAUUAAUAUGAGAGAAUCUGAAGCAGAAGGGAUGGAUGGAAAUCCCUCCCUUGUUAGUUUGGAAAAGACGAAGAUGAGGCAGUGGGCUUUUGUACCGGGGAGUAAGAAGGUAUUACCUUCUUUACCACUGGUGGAGCAAGGUGUAAGAGAUUUUAGUCUGAGGAAGAGGCAGGAUGAUGUGAUGUGGAUCCAACAGGGAAAUGCGCCUUGGAACUUACAGAGGUUGUCAUGCGAGCAUAAAAUCGAUGUCAAGGGAAGAUUAGCGACGGAUUUAAAGUAUAAUUACAGAUUUGACGAAGUGGCAGGGAAUGGCGUGGAUGUUUACGUGGUGGAUUCUGGUAUCAAUGUCGAUCAUGUCGAGUUCCAGGGUAGGGCGCGCAUGAUGUUUAGUUACUUUGGAAAGGUCAAUGAUGACGUUGGGCAUGGGACCCACUGCGCCGGAACAAUCGCUGCUCUCCACUAUGGUGUUGCUAAAAAUGUCAACAUCUGGGGCAUCAAAGUCGGAGACUCCAGCGGUGUAAAUGGCGAAGCAAUAGUAGCCGGUAUCGACGCCGCAAUUACCCGUCAUAAUCAACGGAAAUCCCAACCAGGGUUCAUGGGCUCGGUUAUCAGCAUGUCCGUCGGUACCGCACCACCCCAACAAUCGGACUUUAUGAUUCUUCAAAAGGCCGUCCAAGCUGGUAUGCAUGUAUCGGUAGCAGCCAUGAAUUCUGCUACAGAUGCAUGUAAUUUCUCACCCGGUGCCUUUUCGCAACAAAUUCCUAUCAUAAACGUUGGUGCUGCGGGUAUCGACGAUACGCGGGCACCGUUUUCGAAUUUUGGAAAGUGUGUGGAUAUUUAUGCUCCUGGAGUUUCUAUCGUCAGCACAUUUAAUAAUGAUGCUACUGGUAUUGCGAGCUUAGACGGGACUUCUAUGGCUUGUCCGGCAGUCACGGGUAUUAUUGCAGAUGAACUUGUUAGGAAUCCAAAAUUGAGGUUGGAUCCAGCUGCGAUGAAGAAACAUAUUCUAGGGAAAGCACUCAAGGGUGUUAUAAAGGCGGAUAAUGUUAUUAAUGGGUCGGAGUUAAUGGCUAACAAUGGGUUCCCUGGAGACCCUCAAGUUUAG